AUGACAGAUCUGAAGGUGCUUAAUUUCUUCCGCGUUAGCUUCAGAAAAGUGAAACACAUUGAUCCUAAAGCUUGUUAUUGGACGCCACCAAAUCAUAAUGAGUUGUUGCUUUGUACUGACAGUGCCUCGAGGGGAAAUCCAGGGGUGGCAGGAGCUGGGGUGGUGGCGUGGAAUGCCAAUUCUGAGGUUGUUGGAGCUAUGUGCAUUGGCUUGGGCAUAACUUCAAAUUUUUUGGCGGAGCUAUAUGGUAUUCUUGUUGGUCUGGAAUGGGCUACUCAAUGGGGUUACAUGAAGAUUUUGAUUCACUCGGAUUCUUCUAGCGUGAUUACUGUUUUGGAGAAUGAUAGUGUUCCAUGGUUUGCACAACAAAGGUGGAUGGAUAUUAAGAAUUUUUAUGACUCUAUCAGGUUUGCACACACCUUUCGUGAAUAA